AUGAGUCUAUUUGCAGGGCUGGAAUACUGCUGUGCAGUUGCCGGCCAGAGUGACUGCGAGGCGGCAGGCAGCAAGUGCCACCCUCAGGCUGAGUGUCUGAAAGUUAGAAACAUCUUCACCUGUGUUUGCCGCAUGGGCUACCAGGGCGAUGGUCUGCUGUGCGACGACAUCAAUGAAUGUCUCAGUGGCCUGCACAGCUGUCACUCACAGGCCCGCUGCGACAACACCCUGGGCAGCUACAGCUGUGUCUGCCUUACUGGAUAUUUUGGAGAUGGCACCAACUGUCAGGAUAUCGACGAGUGCCAAAAAGACAAUGGGGGUUGCCAUGCCAAUGCCCUGUGUACUAACAUCGCGGGUGGGCGCCAGUGCCAGUGUAAAGUCGGCUUCACUGGCAACGGCUUCCAGUGUAAUGACGUUAACGAAUGCAGUACCCAAAGAAUCUGCCACUGGAACGCAACCUGCACCAACAACCCUGGGUCCUAUGUGUGUACCUGUAAUGCUGGCUAUAAGGGCAACGGAAACUACCUCUGUCUUGACAUAGAUGAAUGUUCAGAAAAUCCUCGUGUGUGUUCUUCGUCGCUUGGCUACAAAGGCUGUGUUAAUCUGCCCGGCAGCUACCGCUGCACGUGCAACAGUGGCUUCGAAAGUAACGGGCAGAGCUGUGUGGACAUCAACGAAUGUGCAAGCAACAUCUGCAGCUUAUAUGCGGACUGCAUUAACACCAUGGGGUCAUACCAGUGUACCUGCAAGAGUGGUUUUGACGGAAAUGGACUGCAGUGUACAGACAUAAAUGAAUGCAGUGAAAAAAAUCAAUGCGACCCCAGGGCUGCUUGUAUCAACAGGCUGGGGAGUUACGAGUGCACCUGUUUGGGAGGUUUUAUAGGAGAUGGUCGACUGUGUGAAGACAUUGACGAGUGCGCAACACCCAACAUCUGCCCUUCUACAAGUACCUGCGUCAACAAUGGUGGGUCAUAUUACUGCGACUGUGGCAGAGGCUUCAUCUUGAAUAACUCCAAGUGCCAUGACCAGGAUGAGUGUGUGGAAGGCCGCUGCAGCCCGAACGCAACCUGCACAAAUUCACUUGGCUCCUUCUCUUGUCAGUGUAGAGCAGGGUACAGGGGAGAUGGCUUCACUUGUGUGGAUGUGGACGAGUGCUCGCUGGCUAAGCAGUGCCACUCCAUUGCCCUUUGCGUUAACCUCCCUGGCUCCUACAAAUGCACCUGUCAGGUGGGUUAUUCUGGAGACGGGGUGAUCCAAUGCAGCGAUGUGAACGAGUGUCUGGUGGAUAAUGGAGGUUGCAGAAACAAAGCUACAUGUGUCAACAACCAGGGUUCCUUCUCUUGCCUUUGCCAGCCAGGCUUCAUCUUGGUAAAUCGGACUUUUUGUCAGGAUAUAAAUGAGUGUAAGGAAUUGAACAAUCCAUGUCGAGUGAAUGAAGAGUGCAUAAACAUUGACGGGUCAUACCAGUGCCCCUGCCAGGGCGGUUACUACCGCCCUGGCAGCAACAUGGUCUGCGUUGAUAUAGACGAGUGUAAAGACAACCCGUGCCAUGCCAAUGCCACAUGCCUCAACACCAUCGGGUCCCACACAUGCACCUGUAAGCGAGGUUUUUCAGCAAAUGGCACCCAGUGUAAAGAUAUAGACGAGUGUUCUGUGAAGGAUACAUGCCACCCACGGGCACUAUGCACCAACGUCAUGGGGGACUUCUUUUGCUCAUGUCAGCAGGGUUUCAAAGGGGAUGGCUUCUCCUGUCAGGAUAUUGACGAGUGCACCCUCUCUGAUACUGUUUGCCCAGCCUUCUCAAAGUGUAUCAACUCCCCUGGUGCUCAUGUCUGUUCAUGUUUGAAUGGCACAGUGGCCUUUAAUGGUACCUGUGUGCAACCCAGUCCAUUGUGUGACCCUGUCUGCCACUUCCAUGGCCUGUGCCACCAAUCGCCUGCUGGAUACCAGUGUGUGUGUGACCUGGGUUACGUGGGUGACGGGCUGGCUUGCUCGGAUAUAGAUGAGUGCCAGAGGGAAAACAUUUGUCCUCAAAAUGAAACGGAGUGUAUGAAUAUCCCAGGAUCGUUUUCCUGUGUCUGCAAAAAGGGCUACACACUCAAUGGAACACAGUGUGUUGAUGUGAACGAGUGUAAGAUGGGGCAGCAUGACUGCAGUGAGUUUGCCCAGUGUGUCAACACAAUGGGCAACUAUUCCUGCUUCUGCCUCAGCGGCUUCGCAGGCGACGGGAAGAACUGCUCUGACUUUGAUGAGUGCCAAGUCCAAAAUGGAGGCUGCCAUCCAGUUGCCAGCUGCACUAACACGCCUGGAUCUUUCUACUGUGCCUGCCCACCUGGCAUGGAGGGAAAUGGCUUUGCCUGCCAGGAUGUGAAUGAAUGCGAGCAGAACUCCACCCUGCUACACAACUGCAGCGCCCAGGCUUUGUGCCGCAACACAAACGGGUCCUACAUCUGCCGGUGCCAGAAUGGAUACCAGGGUGACGGCUUUGUUUGUGAGGAUGUGGAUGAAUGCCAGCUGGCCACAACCUGUAGCAGAAACAUGACGUGCAGCAACACCCCUGGUUCUUACACAUGUUCGUGUAUCUUGGGCCUGGCAUACGACGUGGGCACAUGUGUGAGUGAAGACACAUGCCUGAAUGCUAGUGGCAUCUGCCACCCAUUCGCAAAGUGCCACCCAUACCAGGGUUCCUUCUACUGCCGGUGCGAAGAUGGUUAUAAAGGAAGUGGCACCGAAUGCUUGGAUGUGGAUGAAUGCGACGAAUCACAAGAUGAAGUCUGCCCGGCCUUCUCCUACUGCUUCAACACGCAUGGCUCCUACAUCUGUGACUGCUGGGAAGGGUUUCAGGACAAUGGGACACAUUGUCAGGACAUGGACGAAUGUGUGACGGGGAACUUCACCUGCCCUGACAACAGUACCUGUACUAACACAGAGGGGAGCUACGAAUGUGCCUGUGACCCAGGCUUCUCAAGCAACGGCUCCCGGUGUUUGGAUGUAGAUGAGUGCUCCUUUGGCUUCAUCCAGUGCCCUAAAUUCUCCAACUGUCUAAACACAGUUGGAUCUUUUGUCUGUAAGUGCCUGGAAGGUUACCAAGGCAACGACACUGACUGUGAGGAUAUCGAUGAGUGCCUAGACAACUCUACCUGCCCUGAGCAUAGCACAUGCAUCAACUCCAACGGAAGCCACCUCUGUAUUUGUGACGCCGGAUUUUCCAGCGUGGAGGACUUGUGCGUGGACAUUGAUGAAUGCAGUGACAUGGAGCUGGGGGAACUUUGCACCAAUGGCAAAUGUAUGAAUGCUAUUGGCUCAUAUUACUGUGAAUGCAUGGAAGGAUUCUGGAGUAAUGGGACAAAGUGCAUGGAUGUUGACGAAUGCUCAGAUUCCCUCAACUCUUCAGUGUGUCAGCAUCAUUCAACAUGCGUCAACCUCGUUGGGUCUUACAGUUGCCCCUGUAAUGAGGGGUUUAUUCUGAGUGGGACAGAGUGUCAGGAUGUGGAUGAGUGUAACGACCCCGGUGGCACCCCUUGCCCAGAGCACUCAUUAUGUAACAACAGAGCAGGGUCUUUCUUCUGCCUGUGUUCUCCUGGCUACAAACCCACUAGCGUUGGCUGUGAGGAUAUCGACGAAUGCAAGGACAACACCACCUGCCGCUUUGACCAGGUGUGCACCAACCUACCUGGAGCAUACAACUGCUCUUGCCCAUUGGGGCAUCACGAGGAGAAACAAGCAUGCGUCGACACCAAUGAAUGUGAGAAUUCACCGUGCCAACCCUCGGCUCGGUGCUGGAACACCCCUGGCUCCUUUUCAUGCCACUGCCCUCUAGGCUUCGCUGGAAAUGGCUCCUGGUGCAAAGACGUGGAUGAGUGCGUCGCCCUGGCCAAACCGUGCCACCCUCUAGCUCACUGCUACAACACCCCAGGGUCAUUUGUAUGCGUGUGUAUGGCUGGCUAUCUGAGUAUCGGUUCACUGUGUGUAGACUUUGAUGAGUGCCAACAGGCUAAUAGGCAGUGUCACUCUGCUGCCACCUGCUCCAACCAUGCAGGAGGCUUCACAUGCUCUUGUGGUCAGGGCUGGAUUACUUCCAAAGACAAUGGUCGUGGAAAAGGAGGAUGUGUAGACUUGGAUGAGUGUGUGUCACCCAUAGCAUGUCCUGGGCAAACAUCCUGCACCAACCUGCCAGGGUCUUACAACUGUUCCUGUCCCCAAAACAGCACAGUGUGCAGAAUGAUGACUCAGAAGGAGAGCAGCCUGUACCCCUUUGGAGCAGAGGUUGGUGAUAAAGGAGUAAAGAUGGACACAGAAGAUGGGAAUUCCCCAUACAUCACGCCACCGAUGGGUUUCCUUUUUAUGGGAAAAUUGUACGACAGGGUUUAUUUUUCAGACAAUGGCCUUGUCCAUUUUCAAUCUGUCGUUGAGAAUGAGCAGUACCUGCUCCCUGCUCCUUCAGCCAGUGGUUUCCCCGACAACAUAAAUGUGACCCUGUUAGCUGCGUUUUGGGAUGAUGCUGACCUCACCCAGGGGGAUGGACGGCUGCUCUAUCAGGAAUACCACGAGCUUGAUAUGUCAGAUAUCUACUCCCAGGUAGUGUUUAACCGUACGGCAGACGAUGUGACAAAGUUUGAGGAGCAGAGAGGCAAGCCUGCCUUCACCCCUGCCUGGAUCCUCAAGAUCACCUGGGACCAUGUGAUGCCCGUCUCCUACCAGAAGAUCAACUUCUCAGAGACUAACACUUUCCAGUGUGUCCUGACCACCGAUGGAGCGCGCUCUUUUGCCCUCCUGCGAUACGGGGAGAUGCGUUGGGGUCCUGGCCAGAGAAAAUACCACGACGCUCUCAUCGGCUACACAAAUGGAAAAUCCUCCCACAAGGAGCCCACUGUACCCCCAGAAAACCUUUUCGGGCCUGGGGGCAGAUACAGGCCCCAGCAGGUGAAAGGGGUCAUGGGAAAGUUGGGUCAGCUGGUGUAUGAUUUGACAGCAUCAGCAGGGUCGGACGUGGAUUUCCGUAUGAAGUGCCAGGCGUGGGCGAUGAAGGAGCCUGACCCUGCUGCGUGGACAAAGGAGCUGUCUUCAUGUCCCUGCACCCGCACCCAGGCUCUGGAGGACCUGUCCUUCUUACACGAUACUACUGAUGCAGGAUCGAGGGUGAAGACGCUGAGGGGUCAGCGGUGGGGGGGCGCAGGGGGGCAUGUCUUCCAGUCCAUCCUGUCCAGCAGACAAGGUUCAGGGAAGAGAUGUGUGUAUGACCCAGAUGGUCCGCUGCUGGCUGGGUACAACGAGCGCUACUUCUCCGGAAACAGCAUACAAAAACAUAUUGAUGAAGAUCUCCUGCCAUUCCAGUGGUGUUGUAUCGAGUCUCCUCUAUGCCACCUUUACCUCAACAAGAGACCACUGGACCGUUGCCAAGGUUGCAGCUGGGCCGGCCCUGAUGGCUGCACUCUAUCCAAGCAGGCGACGCGGGGUAUAGGGAUGGUGUACGGCAGCCUCCAUUUCGUCACCUUCGAUGGGACGGAGUACUCCUUCAAGGCCCUUGGCGAGUUUGUGAUAUUGCGUCUCUCCUCCGCCACUGGCUCUAAUAUCUUCACCCUGCAAGGACAGACUGACAAGCUACACACAGACACAAAGGGGAUCAUUGAGGUCCCAGUGGUGGUGCGCAUGGCUGCCUUCCACCAAGGAAUUGGCAAGAUUGAAUGGAGAUGUGUGGAGAAAGAAAACGGACUGCAGAUUUUUGUGGAUGAUGUUGAAGUCCCUGUAACAGUUGGUGUCGUGCAGGUGGGUGAGAAGGACUUUGCUGUGCGCUGUAUGUCAGUGAAUCGCUGUGCAGCGGUGUACGCCAGUGGUCUCCACGUAGUGGCGUGGCGGGUUGUAGGUCAAAAUCAGCUGGCAGCCAUGGUGGAGGUUCCUCAGCCCUUCUACACCCGCACUGUGGGUCUCAUGGGUCUCUGGAGCUCCAACCGUUCAGACGAUUUCCUCAUGUCCGACGGCAGGCUCCUCCCCUCAACAAACCUCAACCCCCCCUCAGAGGAGAGACUGCACGGCUUCGGCUUGUCCUGGGCAGUUCCUGUCCCAGAGAGCCUGUUGUUCUCUUCACCUCCUCUGGUUCCACUGGAGCCUGUCUCCUCUGAGCAACUGCUGGAAAGCGUCAGUCCUGCUGAGGUGGAGGGCCUGAGGAGAACCUGUGAAGGCAGCAUGCAGUGUGUCUACGACACGCUAGCAACCGGCAGCUCUGACCUGGGCCUGCGGACUCUGGACGCCAAGAAACAAUAUGACAAUCUGGCUCGGAUCUAUGGUAACAUGCCUCCCAUAGUGAAAGGGCCCGCAGUGAUCCGCGGUGUCGUCAACUCCACAGUCAACAUUCAGAUUGUCGCUCAGGACCCAAAUGGAGACCCCAUCACCUACUCACUGCUCAACCCCAGGCCUCCACGGACUACCAUAGGCAGCGGUGACGGCAUCCUGACAUGGACGCCGCUGACCACACAGCCUGUCCAGCUGACCAUUAAAGUCAGCGACGAGCUCACCAGCUCCCUGUUCACCCCCAUCCUGCACGUCUGCAACUGCCUCAACGGAGGGUCCUGCCUGUACGACAGCAUCACUAACAACUACCAGCAGGGAACCUUCCAGGUGGUAGGGUGCCUGUGCCCAAAGGGAUUCAGCGGAAAGUUCUGUGGGAAAACUGCAGACAUAUGUCAAGGCAAACCCUGUUUUCGAGGAGUGCAGUGCAAGUCAGAGUCAAAGCCUGGCCAGUUCACCUGCGGAGAGUGUCCCAAUAAUACUGUAUCUGGGGGAAAACAGGGAUACAAGUGCUUUGAGCAUGACAUGUGCAGCCCUCCUUUCCCCUUCCCCUGCCACAAAGAUGCCGACUGCCUCAGCACGAAACAAAGCUUCACCUGCACAUGCAAACCUGGCUUUACAGGAGACGGAGGCAACUGCACAGAUAUAGAUGAGUGUGCAGCGCUCACAACCUGUCCCAACGCUAAGUUUGAAUGUAAGAACAAGCCCGGCUCUGUGGAAUGCAUCUGUCGAUACCAGAAGACCAUGGACACUGAUGGAUGUGGUGACUCUGCCAAUCCUCCAGGGUAUAAUGUGUUCAACGUCUCCAUGGGCUGGAUGAAGAACAGACCUGAUGGACUCCAACAGCUGGUGGACAUUCUGUUGAUGGGUUUCCAGAACAAAUUCUACAACGCCAGCAAGAAGGAUCUAGCGCAGGGCUCCAAUCCUGAUGUGACAGAGUAUCGUAUCAACAUGUCCAGUGACACACCCCACUGGUACAUCAGAGACUACCUGGCCAGAGUCAGCAGCCACCAUGACAUCAGUAGCGUAGAAGUUGAUGAUCUGGAUGAGUGUAAGGCCAAGGAGGCGAUGUGCGCCCACCCUGCCCUCUGCACCAAUACUUAUGGAGGCUACAGGUGUGUUUGCAAUGGCACAACUGAUGUGGAUAACACCCAGUCCUGUGUGUUAGGCCGAGACAAGGUGAAUGCUAUGGAACAAGACCUUUUUCUGGGCCUGGUUCUGGGCAUCGGUAUCCCUCUGCUUUUGCUGCUGCUCUUGGCUGCACUGGCCUGCUUCUGCUGCCGCAAGAAGACUGUUACCGGAGACCUCCAGCACAUGAUGCCCAACUACAUCCAGGAGCAGUACAACCCUCCGCCCUUCAACUACUCUGACCAUGCCCUGCACUACAUUACCCACAGCAGCCCCCGGAUCCUAGACCACUACAUACCCAGGCAACGCCACAGAUAGUACAUACUAAAACCACAUACACAUACUGUACAUGCAAUUAAACACACACAAAGAAAAUGCACAGGCUUCUAAACACAGCGCAAGCACUUUUGGAGCCACUGUAUAUGUUUUAUAAAGACAAGAUGAAUGACUCUUAUUUAUAUCGUAACAAACAAGUAAUUCAACCUGAGUGACUUUUAAAGCCAAUUAUUUCCAAUCCUCUCCGCUGAGCAAUGGACCUGCCAAGUUUAAACUGGAAGUUUUUUCGCCAGGACAACAGUUUACAGUCAGAGUCUGACCCAGCAGAACUCAAGAAUCUCUUGGCUUGAGACAGUGAUGAAAAGUAAACCACUGCAGUGGUCUUUAGUUUCCAGCUGAUACUAGGCCAACAGCCUCCUUGAUAGCAACAUUAGCAUCAGGCAGAAUACCUGGCGUCAGGCUCCUGCCCUUGAUCCAGUGCAUUAUGGUUCUAGUCCAAAAUGUACAGUAAUGCAUUCAUAUUUGUAUCACUCAUAAUCACCAAAAGACAUAGUUAAUUCAAUUGAUGUGUUAUUAUUUUUGUCAACACACAAUCCAUUAAAAAGUAAGUGACGUGGUUUUCUAAAAGCAUUCAUCCCACUUUGGGAUUACACUCUGAAUGAUUGUCCAUUGCUGGAUUGUGUCCCAGUUAAUUUAACACAGCAGAGUAUUUCAGUGUUUCAACUGGCAGCUGUCUUUUAUGAGGCUGGACUGUCACUGCAAGUUAAAAGACAAUGUGUAAAUAUAAUGUAAAUCAUUAAAAGUGCCACUUUAGUAACAUUGUGCUGGGCUGUGAUAUUAUUUCAAGAACAUAGCAACUUGGAUGU